CAAAGAAGACAAUCACUUUGGGAGCUUCUUCUCCUCUCACAGUUGUCGCCUAAACGCCUCUCCGUAGGGUUGCUGCAGAUUUCCGCGGCCUCCGUCUUCUUCAUCAUAUAGUCUCCCCCCUAUACACACACGCACUGUUUCUCAUCUUCCAUCUCUUUGUAUUUCGCCAUUCCCCCCGUCUUCCGCUCUGCUCCCUGCUCUGCAACCUCCGACAAUGGGCGCUUCGCUUCCUCCCAAAGAGGCCAACCUCUUCAAAGCCGUCGUUAAAUCAUAUGAGACAAAACAAUAUAAGAAAGGGUUAAAAGCUGCCGAGGCUAUACUUAAGAAGUUUCCUAAUCAUGGAGAAACUCUUGCGAUGAAAGGGUUGACAUUAAAUUGUAUGGGCCGCAAAUCAGAAGCAUAUGACCUUGUUCGGAUAGGAUUGAAGAAUGAUCUUAAGAGUCAUGUUUGCUGGCACGUUUAUGGUCUUCUAUACAGGUCAGACAGAGAAUACAGGGAAGCAAUAAAGUGCUAUAGAAAUGCACUUAGAAUUGACCCUGACAACAUUGAGAUAUUACGGGACUUGUCUCUGUUACAGGCACAAAUGCGUGACUUGACCGGUUUUGUUGAAACAAGACUACAACUGCUGACAUUGAAGCCAAAUCACCGCAUGAAUUGGAUUGGCUUUGCUGUAGCACAGCAUUUAAAUUCAAAUGCAUCAAAAGCUGUUGAUAUCCUUGAGGCGUAUGAAGGGACUCUAGAGGAUGAUUACCCUCCAGAAAAUGAAUGCCGUGAGCAUGGGGAGAUGCUUUUAUAUAAGAUCUCUUUAUUAGAGGAAAGUGGAUCUUUUGAUAGAGCUCUUGAAGAAUUGCACAAGAAAGAACCUAAAAUUGUUGAUAAACUGGGGUACAAAGAACAAGAAGGUCACCUUCUUUUGAAGCUUCGCCAAUUCGAAGAAGGAGAAAAAUUGUACACGAUGUUGCUAUCUAUGAACCCUGAUAAUUAUAGAUACUAUGAGGGGUUACAAAGGUGUCUUGGACUUUACUCUGAAGAUGCCAAAUAUUCUUCUGAUGAAAUUGAUCGUUUAGCAGCUCUUUAUGAAUCCCUUGCACAACAGUAUCAUAGAUCAUCUGCAGUAAAGAGAAUUCCUCUUGAUUUUCUGACGGGAGAAAAAUUCCUGGAUGCAGCAGGGAACUAUAUUAGACCCCUCCUGACUAAAGGAGUUCCUUCAUUGUUUUCUGAUCUCUCCCCUCUUUAUGAUCACCCAGAAAAGGCAGAGAUUCUAGAACAACUUGUUCUGAAGUUGGAGCACUCGGUCAGGACAAAUGGUUCUUAUCCUGGGAGUGAGGAUAAAGAACCCCCUUCAACACUUAUGUGGACUUUAUAUUAUCUGGCUCAGCAUUAUGAUAGACGCAGUGAGUAUGAUGCCGCUCUGUCAAAGAUUGAUGAGGCCAUUGAACACACUCCAACUGUAAUUGAUUUAUACUUGGUCAAGAGCCGCAUAUUAAAGCAUGCUGGUGACAUUCCAGCAGCAGCUGCAUUGGCUGAUGAAGCUAGGUGUAUGGAUCUUGCAGAUCGUUAUCUUAAUAGUGAAUGUGUGAAGCGUAUGUUGCAGGCUGAUCAGGUUGCUUUGGCUGAAAAGACAGCAGUAUUGUUCACAAAAGAUGGGGAUCAGCAUAAUAAUCUUUAUGAUAUGCAGUGCAUGUGGUAUGAAAUAGCAUCUGGGGAAAGCUAUCUGCGGCAAGGGGAUCUUGGGCGAGCUUUGAAGAAAUUCUUAGCUGUGGAAAAACAUUAUUCUGAUAUCACUGAGGACCAAUUUGAUUUCCAUUCAUAUUGCUUAAGAAAAAUGACACUUAGAACAUAUGUGGAAAUGCUGAAGCUUCAAGACAGGCUCCAUUCAUAUGCUUAUUUUCGUAAAGCGGCUGCAGGUGCCAUAAGAUGCUACUUGAGGCUGUAUGAUUCUCCUUCAAAGUCAGCAAAUGAAGAGGAUAAUGAAAUGUCAAAGCUCCCAUCAGCUCAGAAAAAAAAAUUAAGACAAAAACAAAGGAAAGCCGAAGCCCGAGCUAAGAAAGAGGCAGAGGUGAAAAGCGAGGAAUCUAGUGCAUCAGGUGUAUCUAAGUUAGGAAAACGUCAGGUGAAAGCAGUUGAUCCUGAUCCAAAUGGAGACCAAUUGUUGCAGGUUGAGGAUCCUCUGGUGGAAGCAACAAAGUACUUGAAGCUUCUGCAAAAACAUUCUCCCGAUUCGUUGGAAACACAUUUGCUUUCAUAUGAAGUAAACAUAAGGAAACAGAAAAUUUUGCUUGCUUUGCAGGCUGUAAAACAUCUAGUACGGUUGGAUGCUGAUAGUCCUGAUUCACAUCGUUGCCUGAUAAAAUUCUUCCAUAAGGCAGGGUCUUUGUCAAUUCCAGUUACUGAUGCUGAGAAACUUGUAUGUGAGGUCUUGGAAGCAGAGCGACUAACCUUUAGCCAGCUGCAAGGGAAGACUCUAAUUGAUGCAAACAGAACAUUCCUUGAAAAACAUAAAGAUUCAUUGAUUCAUAGGACUGCUGUAGCAGAGUCGCUGCAUGUUCUUGAGCCAAACAAGAAGGCAGAUGCAGUUAAAUUAAUUGAAGAUUCUGCAAUGGGCCCAAUUUCAAUAAAUGGAGCACACAGGUCAUCAAGAAGCUGGAUGCUCAAGGACUGCAUUGCUGUGCACAAAUGUCUAGAUACAAAUUUGGAUGAUCGUGAUGCAGCAUUGAGAUGGAAGGAACGUUGUGCCGAGUACUUCCCAUAUUCUACCUACUUUGGAGGGUCUCGCAGCUCAGUUACUACUGGACACCUUACACGACAAACUCCAGGAAAUGGGGCAGCUGCCCUAAAUGCUGACCUAAAAGCGGGCCACCUUCCUUCAAAUGGAAUAUUACAGAAUCUUGAUGGUUUCAAGGAUCUUGUCAUCUAAUUUAAUCACAUACGUCUCGACCUCUGAGAUAACUUGUGGGACAAAGCGAGGAGGAGCACAAGGCUGAAGGUAUAAGAAAAAGACCUGAAUCUAAGACCCUUUGGUACCCUAUAGAAAUUGAAAGUUUUCCCAUGAUCUUAAGGAGUUUUGGGACUCCAUUUUUUUUGGUUUUAUCUGCUGUUCUCCGUCGAUCCGGGUUCCUUUUUCCCCCUCUUUUUGACUGUAUAUAUAUAUGCUCCAGCAUGCAGAGAGUAGUUGCAUUAUUUAGUUAGUGAAAAUGCUGGAAAACAUAUUUUCCUUGGCAACAUUUUGGGACAAGCAAAAGGGCCUUUUCUCUAAAGUGUAGGGGCAGAUGUCCUAAGAGAUUAAGAGCAAAUGCUCAUAGCCAGGCAUCCUC